UUAAAACACGGUUGGAACCAGAAAUAGUAGAAUAAUAAUAGAAAGAAACUCUGUUCUGUCUGAGUUCCUCUGCUCUCCGAACUCUGCUCACUUCAUCACUCACUAAUAGGAAGAAAGAAGGAAGCCGAAGGCGAUCGAACAUAUCGAAAGAAACUCUUGUCUGUCUGAGUUGCUCUGCUUUCCCGCAGCAUCGUUCUCUUCACUGUGGAGCUUCUCUAUCCGGAUCUUCUCUGAGUGAAAGGCUUCAAGGAACUGAAGCAGCAAGGGAUAAUUGAACCUGCCACAGGCCGGGAACAUCACCGAGGGAGACCUGGAACUGACUUAUCAGGUUUCAGGCUGUCCCACAGAGAAGCUCCGAAGCCAGAACAACCCAUCAUCCUCUUCGACUUCCUCCGAUCCUGGCCACCACCGCCUUCGUCAGCCGUUUGCCCUCCCCGCCCAAAAAAAAAAAAUAUGCAGAUGGUUGUUUCAGAGGUUUACCAAGAAAAAAAAGAUCGGCAGAUGGUUAACAUUGUGGGCGGACCUGGAACCAGGAUUGGGCUAUCCUUUAGAGUGGGGCAGCUCGUGUUCGCUGCUGCCUCACUCUAUGUCAUGGUUGGUGCCAAAGAGUACAAGAAGUUCAUACCUUACAGCUACUUAGUGUAUGCAAACGGUUUCAUUAUCCUGUGGAGUUUCAUCUCUGCAUGCCUCGACAAGUACGCGUUGAGGCAGCAAUUGGAUCUUCAAGGUCUGGCAGCUAUUAGGUUUAUAGUUCCGGUUAAUUUGGUUGCUUGGUUCCUAUCGGUGACUGCGGCAAGCUCCUCUUCAGGGAUCCUCACUUAUAUUGUGUACGACUUCCCAGUGUGCUCAGUUGAGGAUCUCCCCUGCUUUGAGUACGGUAUUGCUGUGAUAUUCGCUUGGUUGUCGACGGUCUGUCUGAGCUUCUCGGCCAAUGCAACUGUUGUUAUACUUUACAAGAAACUUGCUUGAUUUGUGAGCUAUUGCAUGGAUCGGAAAGUGCGAAGGGCCCUUAGGAGUACUGUUUGUUUUAACUAAGAGUUUGUGUGUUUCAGUCUGGAGUGUUGUGCAGUCUUUUAUGCGUGUGUUUCAAUCUGGAUUAUGCAAUAUUUUAUGUAUUUGUGUGUUUCAAUCUGGACUGUAAUGCAAUCUUUUUAUGUAUUUGUGUGUUUCAAUC